CGCCGCCUGGAUCUCUAGUGCUGCCUGCCGCCCACGUGACCGAGCCGACCCUCAACCCCCACCUCCCAGCUCCACCGCAGUGAGUUGGGGCCCGCUCGCCAUGGCCCUCUUUUGGACCCUCUUCUUAGCCCUGGUGGCAGGAGCUCACGCCGAGAUCCCCGGCUGCAAGAUACGCAUCACCUCCCAGGCGCUGGAGCUGGUGAAGCAGGAGGGGCUACGCUUUCUGGAGCAAGAGCUAGAGACUAUCACCAUCCCGGACCUGGGAGGCAGAGAGGGCCCCUUCUACUACAACAUCUCUGAGGUGAAGGUCACAGAGCUGCAGCUGACGUCCUCCAAGCUCCAUUUCCAGCCAGAGCAGGAGCUGGUGCUACAAAUCAGCAAUGCCUCUUUGGGGCUGGGUUUUCGGAGACAGCUUCUCUACUGGCUCUUCUAUGAUGGGGGCUAUAUCAAUGCCUCUGCGGAGGGUAUAUCCAUCCGCACGGCUCUGCAGCUCUCCGGGGAUUCCUCUGGCCGGAUCAAAGUGUCCAACGUCUCCUGCGAGGCCUCUGUCUCCAGAAUGCACGCAGCCUUCGGGGGAACCUUCGGGAAGUUGUACCAAAUCCUCUCCACGUUCAUCAUCUCAGGGAUGCGCUUCCUCCUCAACCAGCAGAUCUGCCCAGUGCUCCACCACGCAGGGACGGUGCUGCUCAACUCCCUUCUGGACACUGUGCCCGUACGCAGUCCUGUGGACAAUCUCAUUGGCAUUGACUACUCCCUCCUAAAGGAUCCCGUGGUCUCCACCAGCAGUCUGGACAUGGACUUCCGGGGGGCCUUCUUUCCCCUGGCCCAGGGGAACCAGAGCUUCCCCAACCGGGCAGUGGAGCCCCAGCUGCAGGAGGAGGAACGGAUGGUGUACGUGGCCUUCUCUGAGUUUUUCUUCGACUCGGCCUUGGAGAGCUACUUCCAGACCGGCGUCCUAAGGCUGACGCUGGUGGGGGACAAGGUGCCCCACGACCUGGAAAUGCUGCUGAGAGCCUCCUACUUUGGCAGCAUGAUCCUGCUGAGCCCAGCAGUGGUCAACUCUCCGCUGAAGCUGGAACUGCGGGUCAUGGCACCACCGCGCUGCACCAUCAAGCCCUCGGGCACCACCAUUUCUGUCACUGCCAGUGUCACCAUUGCCCUGGUCCCACUCAACCAGCCUGAGAUCCAGCUGUCCAGCAUGAUCAUGGACACCCGUCUCAGCGCCAAGGUGGCCCUCCAGGGGAAGGCGCUGCGCGUACAGCUGGACCUGCGCAAGUUCCGAAUCUACUCGAACCAGUCUGCAUUUGAGUCGCUGGCACUGAUCCCGCUGCAGGCCCCCCUGAAGACCAUGCUGCAGUUUGCGGUGAUGCCCCUCAUCAACGAGCGGAUCCGGCGUGGGGUGCAGAUCCCACUACCUGAGGGGAUGGACUUUGUGCGGGAGGUGGUGACGAACCACGCGGGCUUCCUCACCAUCGGGGCUGACCUCCAUUUCGCCAAAGGGCUGAGAGAGGUGAUCGAGAAGAACCGGCCUGCGGCCACCAGGGACUUCCGGACAAGCCCUGCCCCACCGCCCUCCACGGCGGCGGCCGUCUGAGCCCUCGACCCCCGCCCCUGGCAGCUGCACUCAGGACUCCAAUGCCUCGUGCCCCCUCCCUCACAGCUUAUAGUGCCCUCUCUAACCCUCGUGCCACGGAGAAGAUGGAGUUUUAAGCUGUAAUCAAUUUAAUUCCGUAAUCACAGUCUAUCAAUUACAGUCUGUCCAGCCUCCGAGGGACUGUCCUGAG